ACCAAAUCAUCCACUGUUACCAACAAAGAUAGAACCUACACCAGGACAGUAGUUCAGAAAACAUACUCCCGUGACGACGCAAAGACGUCCACUUUUAAAACAACGUUAGAAGGAAAAGAACAUAUUGAAUCUCAAAACAACUUCCUUAACGCAAAAGAUAGAUUGAAAGCCCGCAAGUCAGAAUUCUUUCCUCGGGUUUCUGCUUCUCAACAAGACAUAGAAAUUAGAAAAUCCGAGUCCGUGCCGCCACUGUCCCUAAGUACUCGACGGGUUGUUACCUCUAGGACCAGUCCAGCAAUUUCGUCCAAGACGAUCACAACUCGAACUUCCUCUGUACAAUCACAGCCUCAAAAGACUACCAGAAGAGUUGUCAAAACCAGUAGCAUGUCAGACACAAUUCCACUUUUCUCAUCAUCAAGUAAAUUCGCAACUAGAUCAGAUUCGGGACCAGUGAAACACAUGUCGACGUCAACGGUAACCAAGACAACCAAUUCAGGCCCCGCCUCACGUUCAGUUUCUACGAAAUCUUCCAGUUUUCAUAGAGACGUAUUUACAGAUGACAGAUCCCAACUCCGGAAAUCUACUGUAGGAGACGAUGCAUCGUUCAGAAUGGACACCGGAAUAGCGGCUACAUCCGGUCAACAAAGAGAGUUCUUGCCUUCGAUACAAACCGGAAUCCAAAUACCAACUUCCACGAAAAUAUCUACAUCAGAGUUUUCGUCUUCAUCUGGUUCUUUUACCAAAAAGCGGCGACUGCCUAGUUCACAAGCAUCAGAUUUUACGGUCAUUACAGUGAAAGAACGCCUUCCAGGUUCAUCUUCUGUCGAUCUGAUAUCAAACAGAUCAACAAAUCGGAAGACUACUAGCGACAGAAGCACAGCUUUUUCUUCUCAAGCAAGGUCCCAGUUACCACCCCCUACAUUUAUAGCAUCUUCAAUGACCAAAUCUAACGAAGCAACCAUUGCAUCUCCUGAGUUGAUGCCAGUUACAGCCGGGGGAGCGGGUUCAAGCAAUAUGAUGGAGAACGUGAUUGCAGCAAGCAUAGCAACCGGGAAUGAAGUGAAAGUGGUAGAAAGAGCGGCAGAGGCCGCCGGAGACAUUGUUGAGGGUGCGCAGGAAGUAGCCGGAAACGUUGUUGAGGGUGCGCAGGAAGUAGCCGGAAACGUCAUCGAGGGUGCGCAAGAAGUAGCCGGAAAUGUUGUUGAAGGUGCACAAGAAGCCGCUGGAAAUUUAAUGGAGGCUGCAAGCAAUGUUGGCGAAAACAUGGCCGAGGCAGGAGCAAAUGUUGUAGAAAAUAUGGCUGAAGGUGUCGAAAAGGGUGUAGAAAUGGUCAAAGACGUCGCUGAAAAUGUUGCAGAACGUGUCGAAGAUGUAAUAGAUGAUGGCAGUUUACCUAAUCCAUUGUUAUCAACAGACAGAGGAGACACCGAUGAUAGAGUUAACAUGAGAACAAGAGAUGACAAGGAUAGCCGAGAAAUUGGUGCUGUUCGAUUAAGUGGAGACUCUGGUGAAGAUUCGAAUGGAGACGGAAAUAGCGACAGUGAAGAAGAAGGAUUUACAACAUUCAAUCGUGUCGGUGCCAGAAGUAGAAACAAUGAAAGACGGGAUUCCAAUUCAGGAGAAGAUUCAAACGGCGACGGGGAUAGCGACAGUGAAGAAUUGAGAGAUGGAUCCUAUGCAAGACGACAAAGGGAUUCUAACUCCGGCGAAGACUCAAAUGGAGAUGGAGACAGUGACAGUGAGGAGAGAAGAGACGGAAGACGCCGCGGAAGCAGACGUGGUAGAUGGUGGAGACGGGGUGGAAGAGGUUCUGAUUCCAGUGCCGAUAGUGGAAGCUCUAACCAGGCCUCAGAUUCCAGUGACGAAUCAAGAGAUGGGGAUCGGGACGAUAGCGGCUCCGACUCCAGCAGCAGUGACUCCAUGGAGGACGACUUUGAUUACUUUGAGGACAUGAAUGAUUUCUGGAUGAAUGGAGGAUUUACAAAAUCUUCCAGGAGACGAACCUUACCAUCCAUAUCAACAUCCGAACUAACCACGUCCUCUUCGUCUCGUUCAAAGAUAGCACCAAAUAUUGAUUUGCAAUCAUCGGCGUCCGGUUCAAACCGAGCAACUGGAAGCCCCGGUUAUCAAAGAGGAGAUAUGAGGAGAAUCAUCUCACAGAUAAAGAAUAACGGUGGUGCCGUUAUAUCUCUUCCUGAAGGAAAGACCAAUACAAUGGUUCAUUUCUUUGUGAAAUGGCGAAAAUCAAAUAUUUCUAGGACGGGACAGAAAAUGUUCAUCAGAACACCAGACGCUACAGUCGCCAUUUUACGACACCCCAAUCGGAGACGAUCCUAAGUGUGGAGGAAGCACAUUAACGCAUAAUGUUUUGAUUACGUUGUCUUCUCUCUGCACAACCUGAAAAAAAAAACUCCACGUAGAAAAUCGACGGGGAACUUUGUGUUGUUUUUGUAUACAAUAUUAAGAUCUGAUUGUGUGUGACACCAUAGAUUAACACCAUCAAAAACGUGAAAUAAAGACAAAAUAUAUCCACACAUACUGUAUAGUGCUCAACAAGCGAUUAUUUUUAAAAUCUGAGUUUCAUUUUUAGACUUCUUUUAAGAAUUAUCACUAAUGCGCAAUAAUCUUACAUUAUGUUCCACGAACAAUGUACUGCAUGUAUAUGUAAAAUAAAUCUUAAGAUAUA